AUGUCUGAUCGGAUUCCCCGUUCCGUUGAAGAUGGUCAGUUUGACCUUCAGACUGGCAACACCGACGGCAACACCGACAACCAAAACAAGCUUGUGGACAUGCAGGCCAUCCGAGACCAGCUCGACAGACUCAGGGCUCCGCUAGAGGAGCCAACCUUGGACGAGUCUCUACCAGCACUCUGGAAGAAGGAUAAUAACAAACGUAUCCUGGCUCGUAUUAAGGCUACGACCUCGGAUAUGGACGACUUUCUCAAGAAACCAGAGACCAUCCGCCUUUUUUCUCCGCAGGGAUCACUGGAACAGCGUCAGAGUGACUAUAUCAAAACCAUGGAAAGGGUUGAAACUCUGCGGCAGGCGCUUCAGAUGGCCAAGGAUGAUGUCCGGGAGCUGUCGGAAUCGUACCUCCCCGGGGUGGAUUCGGAUGGGCUUGGGAGGCUUAUUGUAAACCUUAAGGCGCAGAUUCAGCUGCUUGAAGAUAUUUGUAGCAAGCAUAUACGCAAUGUCCAAGUAGCCUAG